GAGUAUUUUUGACAUAUUUUUACUGGUUUUUACUUUGUUAAAAACAUCUUUAUCAAUUCUUCUUUUCAAUUCAAUAUUUUUAUCGCUCUUCACCAGACUAAAAAUAAGAAACUUAAUACUGUGGUCAGUGGCGAAUCAGUAAAAAUUAAUUAGGUACUUAACUAGUAGCAGACCAUUUGCUUGGUACGAAGAAAAUAAACAUUAUGUGGUGUAAGCCGAUUUUUACAGUGUGUUUGCUUGUAAUAAAUAUCGCAUGGUCCAAAUCUGAUGGUCAGGUAGGUCCUGAUCCUUGGGACUAUGUGAGUAACAUAAAACACGAUGAUGGCGACAUACCACCAGAUCUUAGAAGUAUUCCUACCAAAAAGGUGCAAACAAAUAACAUUGGCACAGGUGAAUGGUUUUAUAAACGAAUUCUGGCAAUUAUAUUAAAAGGAGGAAUAAUAAAGAAAAAUGAAGAUGGCAGUAUUGAUAUUUCUUUGCAAAUGAGAUACAGCCCUGAACGCUGGAACAUUCUGGAUGAAUAUAUAACUUCAAAUACUGCACUCUCGGAAGAUAUGUUCAGACGGUCCAUGGGCUAUGUAGAAGAAGCUAUAUACAAACCUACAAUCACUGAAAAAAUUGUUAUGGCAUGGAGUGAAUAUAUACAAUUUUAUUUAAUAGAGUAUAAGGUUUACAUUGUCUGGACUACAAGUAUUUUGGCAGUUAUUGGAUCAAUAGUUUGGUUAAUGCACCAUAUAUCGCAUAAACAUGUAAUAAUACUUAUACUUGUUGGAUUUUACAUGUAUGAAGUUUUUGUGUCUUAUAAGGAAGCUGAAAAACAAGAACUAGACCGAUUCAUACAAGCAAUGAAUACAUGCAAGUGGUUAAUAUGGAGUUCUACAUGUGAAGUACCACCACCUGAUCCAUUGAUAUUCUUAAAGCAUAUGAAUCCACUUAAAAUUGGUGUCAGAAUGUUUAGUGUUGUGUUGUCGGAACCUAUGAUUACUAUCAGUGAAACUGUAAAAACUAUAACCCAUGGAGUAACUGAUGGAUUAUGGUUCCCUUUCGAUAAAAUUAUGUAUGGGAUUUUAAUGGUAAUUUUUAACGCCUUAAUAAUAUUUUUAUUAGUCAUGAUAAUUUUUAAUUUUAUAUUAAACAUUCCUUUUAAUUUAAAUCUCUUGGGUAUACUAAGUAUUGGAUUGAAGCAACGAAAGAGAAUUCCAAACAAUACCUCAGCAGAUGUACAUAGAAAAGAAAGUACUGAUAGAAUCAGUGGAGAAACUCUUACACGAUUGCUAGAUGUUUUCUCAAAGGCACUAAAUACAACCCAAUCUGCAAACAUGGUUAGUAUAAGUAAUGGUCCUAGUCAGAGUUCUUUACCUUUCACAUGCAAACCUAAAAUGUCAAGAUCUGCUAGUACAGGUCGCUUACCUAACUUUGUAGGCAGUGGGAAGCGCACUGUAUGAGUUUUAAUUGAACAGGGCAGCAUUAUAAUAAAUCAUGAUAAUUAUGUGAUUUAUAGCACAACCAAUUUUAUAUUUAGGACUCAAGUCACUUCGACAAAUUAAUUAAGAUUUUAAUUAAGUGCCUAUUUAUAUCUUAUUUUAUAUCUAAACUGAUUAGGCCUAGCGUAAGAAGGCCGCGUUUUUGUCUAAGACUUAUUUUGGAAAAAAGUCAAUUUUUUUCCUUAUCUAACGCUAUCGUCUGCAGACUCAAACUUAUUUUUAUCUGUAAUCUAAAAUAGGCAUAAAAUAAUGUGUAAAAUAUUUUUUUUUAAUAAUGAAUAAGUACAUGAAUUCCUAUGUUUAGUUGUAGUAAUUAACCUGUGAUACUAAUAAAUAAUUGUAGAUUUAUAGUUUUAUAAGUAUUAAGUUUGCUGUGUGAAAAUGGGUCUUAUAAAUAAAUAUACUCAAACUUCGUAAUAAUGUUUUUUAUUAAUUUUUGUCAUGCUUAGUGAGAAGUGUAAUAAAUAAUAAGAUUUGAAAACAUUCAGUUCCGAAUUCACAAGAAGCAAUAUUCUAUAAAUAAAAGGAUACAAAGUACCUCUGUAAGAAGCAAAUUCUAAUCUCGUUUAGGGUAGUGUGCGCAAAACAAGUAGUCCAAUCUGAAGUUGUAACAUAGCGGUUUGCACCAGGGAUGUUACGGAAGUGGUUUUAUCGGAACCGGAGUUUUCGGAACACGAACCUGAAUCGGAGUCGGAGGCAUAAGAGAUGUGUUACGAAGGCAUGUCUGAUAUAAUAAAAUCACACACAUUAUUCAUCACUUAUUUUCUUAUUAUCAGUUCAAAAAUAAUACAGGUAGGUGUACUUAUACCUGGUGGGUGGGUGAAAUUAAAACGAUCGAAUUUAAAAUCUUAAACAGUAGGUAGGUACCUACUAAAAAAUUAAGCAUUAUCAGCAUAUUCAACCGAUUUAAAUUUUACGGAAUCUAAGUUUCAAACUUUCUGAAUCUAACAUCUCUAGUUUGCACAGGUCCAUAGACUAGAGAAUAAACACACAAGCCCGGCUGAGAUCUGUUUUUAACCGACUUCAAAAAAGGAGGAGGUUCUCAAUUCGUCGGAAUCUUUUUGUUGUAUGAUGCAUUGUCAUUACACCUCGUGUUCAGACUGGACUACUUUUUUUACGCGCACUAUACUCACAGUCUAAACACUAUUGGUCAACAAACAUUCGCAACCUCGUAAUAAAUAACAUCAUAACAAAACAUUAUCAAUAUUAUAUACAACUAUUACCAUCCCGUAGGGAAUGAUCUUAAUGUACCUCGAGCCAAGCUUUAACCAUAUUCGUUAACGUCUCUAAAUCCUUCUACCCUACGCAUACAAUCUAAAUGGACUAGUCACUAUAUUGAUGUAAAUGCUAAUUUUAUUAAAAACGAGAAUCCGGAAUGUUGUUUAUAAUGUCUAAAAAUUUAUAGAUAAUAGGGAUAAUAAUAAUUAUAUUAGUUGCCUUGAUUUUAAAUAGCUAUUAGGAGUUAAUUAUGAAUUAUUUAGAAACAUUGUAUGCUUUAAAUUAAGGAAAUGGUGGCAACUCAACUUUGGCUCAGUCGAUACUGGAAAUGUUAUAUAGUUAUUUUCUAGUGAGUUAAAUAACUGAUAUUCCUGUUGGGAAGUUUGUUGUUUGUACAUCUCUUUAUGUAAGAUGGAGGUAUAUGGAUAAUAGGUACAGAUACUUAUGCUGUGUUCUAAAAACCUAUGUAUAAGCAGUGGUAAAAAUAUGUGAUGACAAUAAUUGUUUUAUAUUAAAGAAGUACAGUAGGUGAUGCACAAUUGCAGGUUAAGCAAUUACAGUGUUAUAUCAAAAACUCCAUAUAAUGUAAAUAUUACUUGAGUUUGGUUGUUUUAAUUUUAAACCCAUACUCUAUAACGAAAAAUCUGUCCAAUUGUCUGUUCCUGAAAAUUUGUAUUUGCUUCAAAUAUGAAUAGAAACAUUCCACUAUCGACCUAUUGAUGUAUAUGUAUUUUUGAUUCUAUAAUUCGCUAUAAUGAUUUACUAUUAUUUAUCUACUUCAAUAUUAUUGCCAUAGGUACAUAUUAAUUGGGCACCCUUAUGAUUUUAAAAUUCACUUUGGUGUUCUAAACUUACUAAUUCCUAUUUGCUGAAUAUUAAGAGUUUUAAGAGUAUAUAUUAUGUAAUAUAGAAGUGAUUAGUUAUAAAGCUCCUAAGUUACUAUACUUCUACUCUUAAUGAAACUUGUACAAUAAAUUCAAUUUACUCUUGAACCGUUUUUUUGGUAUUUGUAAAACAGCUUAGCUGAUUAAGAUUUUUUAUCGUAUUAUAAACUUCUAGUAGUACGGUAAAUUCGAUGUGCCAUUGUAGAAUAUAUUAAACGUUGCAUGAGAGUUUAUAAGAGUUAGAUAAAAUUAACCUUCUGAAAAGAG